UAAUUAUAGGUGUUAAACAUUCCAAUUAAUAGUUUUUCUAAAUUAUUUACAAAAUAAUAUAAAAUUAGCUUAAGCAAUUACAUAAAAUAGCUUAAACAUUUUAAUAUCUCAAAAAAGAUGAAUCCACACGAAGAAAAGAUUAAGCAGUAUUUAAAAAAGAAUAUCAAAGUAGAUGUUGACAAAUAGCUAUCAUAAGAAUAAAAAGAGGAGUUUGUCAGGAGAAAACUUUUUACUGAAUAGACAUAUUAGCAUAAUUUUUAAUAGAAAACUUUGUUUUAAAUGAUAAAGGAUAAAGUAAUGUAAGGAUAUGGCUAUUUUUAAACUCGUAGAUUCAGAAUGUUUAUGAAGGAGACUUUCCCGUUUUUGGCUUUUGUCUCAUUCUCAACAUAUAUAAUUUAUAAGAUGGAGAAUUAAUUCGAUAAAAUGAAUCAAAGUGUGUUCAAGGUAAAAACUCUUAAAGAGUAAGAAAUCGAAAAAGAAAAUGAGUAUAUAGCAAAAGCAUUAAGAGGAGAACCAUUCUCAAAUUAAGAUAAUUAGAUUACAGAUGUACCUGAUAAAAGAAAUAAAUACAAAUUUGAAGAACUUGAAACUGAUGAAGGAAUCGAUUUUGAUACAAGAGAAGAUUUCUUAGAUGGAUUAAGAAAAGAUUAUAAUUAGGGUAUAUAAAUAGCUGAGGAAUAUAAAGAAGAAGUGUUCUAAUAUGCUAAGGAAAAUAAAAAGAAAAUAGGAUUUGGUAUAGGUCUAACAAAAGAAGAGGAGGACGAAGAAUAACAAGAUGACCCUACUUUAAAAAAUUUACUUUCUAAACCAACUUAAUAACCUAAAAAAGAAGUGUAAUAAAAGAAAGUAAAAACUAUCAAAAGAUAAACCAAAAAGCCUGUAUUUGAUGAAGAUGAUGAUGGAUAUGAAGGUUUUGGUCCCUCCACAAGAGAUUGA